GGUGAAGAAAAGAUCAGAUUUAACAGGAGCCUUUAAAUUAGAACCUCUUUACCUGCAGCAUCACCAUCAGGAGUCUGGUCUUGUAACAGAUUAUCGGCACUGGCAAAUCCCCCUGGGCAGGAGAUUCCGCUCCCUGAAGCUCUGGUUCGUGCUGAGGAUUUAUGGGGUCACUGGGCUCCAGGAGCACAUCCGCAAGCACGUCAGGCUGUCGCAUCAGUUUGAACAUUUAGUCCUUCAGGAUGAAAGAUUUGAGAUCUGCGCUGAGGUUGUCUUGGGACUGGUGUGCUUUCGGCUGAAGGGCUCAAAUGAACUAAAUGAAGCACUUCUUAAAAGAAUAAACGAGGCCAAGAAGAUUCAUCUGGUCCCGUGCCACCUGCGAGAGAAGUUUGUGCUACGUUUUGCUAUUUGUUCCCGCACAGUGGAAUCCACCCACAUCAAGUUUGCCUGGCAGCACAUCUCACAGCUGGCAACCGAUCUUCUGAAAACAUGGGAGCAAAACCACCACCAGCAAUAGCAGCAGUGAAAUAGCAGUGGGAAGGAGGUAAUUCAUUGGCUCUCUCGGUGUCGCCAAGUUUUAUUUCAGGUGGGAAAGUCAAAUUAUGAAGGAAAAAAGUACAAAACCUGUUGUUAUACAGCCCAGCUGCAGUAGCAAAGUCCUUGCCAGCAAGUUGUGUUGUUGUGUUGUACCCUCAGUCAUUCCUUCUCUACACUGUAGUUUCAUCUUG